CUGGUCCCAGCUCUUGGAAACCCUUCCUCUUCCAAAUGUUAAAUGGAUAUGCCCCACCGCUCCUACCCGACCUGUGGCAGCCUUCGGUGGAUUCCCGUGCACCGCCUGGUUUGAUGUUAAAGACCUUUCGGAGUAUGGUCCUGAUCAUGAUGUUGAAGGAACGGAUGUUUCAGCUGCACAUGUAGCAAACCUCUUGUCAGCUGAGCCUGCUGAUGUAAAACUCGGUAUCGGUGGCUUUAGCAUGGGUGGCGCAACUGCCUUGUACUCUGCCACUUGCUGCGCUUAUGGUAGAUACGGAAACAGCAACCCAUAUCCGGUCAACCUAAGUGCGGUUAUUGGCCUGAGUGGCUGGCUUCCAUGUUCCAGAACCUUGAAGUACAAGUUGGAAAGUUCGCAAGAUGCUGCAAGACGGGCUGCCUCCUUGCCACUUUUGGUUUGUCAUGGAAGAGGGGAUGAUGUGGUUCCAUAUAAACAUGGGGAAAGAUCGGCGGAGGUCUUAAGAUCAUCUGGAUUUCGAAAUUUAACUUUCAAAACUUAUAAUGGGCUUGGCCACUACACAGUCCCCGAACAAAUGGAUGAUGUUUGCAGGUGGCUUACUGCAAGGUUGGGGCUAGAUGGGUCUCGGUCAUAAAUAGGGAGUGUGCGAAACAAGUCUAUUAACUACAAAUGAAUAUGUGUCAUGUUUGGUUUGGUAUAUAUAAGUCAUAUAUGGUAGCAUUUGAUCAUCUUAGCUUCCGGUCGAUCUCUUGUCCGUAUACGUAUUCGCUCGUUUGUUUCCUUGGCUGGCUGCUGGCUUGGCAUUAGUGUCUGGUUUCUAUCACUCUUUCCGAGAUUAGUGGUAUGGAUAUGGAUUUUGUAAUAUUAAUGGGUGACUA